AUGCUCGCUUCUACGAGUGCUCUCACACUGAACGACAUACUCGACCUCGACAGCAGUGCGCAGCCGGCAACGCGCGAGGACGCGACGAGCUCCGACUCAUUGGAGGAAGACGAAGAUGGAUAUGAAGAUCCAGAGACCAGCGACGAUGAGGAGGAAUCGGAGGAGAGCGAUGGUGACAGGAGGGAACAUGCAGAAUAUGAGGAACAACAGACAGGCGGUUUCAAUGCCGAAGCAGCGAUUGAGGGUGAUUUUGAUCGCCUUGUACAAGGCAUACGACAGUCUGGCGGUGCAAAUACAGGCCUCUUGACGAAGAUGUGGGACUUCAACAUGGAGGAGAAGGAAGCCGAGUUCCGCGACGACCUACGCGAAGCGUCCGGUGUUGGCCGCGGUCGCAAAGGGAAGAAGCGUGGGCGGAGAGCGGGCCCUGUGCUAUCUCAGCAAGUGCGAGCAUUGAUUGGUGAAGGCAACCAAGCAUACGUGGAUGGCGACAUUCAGGAGACGCUGCGCAUCAUGCAAGAGGUCAUACGUAUUGAACCUCGCGCGGCGCAGGCCUGGUCCGUCCUUGCGCAGUGCUACGCGGACAUGAACGAGCCGCAAAAGGCGUUGCAGUUGCGCAUCAUGGCAGCGCACCUUACGCACGACGCAGAGGAGUGGGAACGUCUGGCAAAGCAGUCCGUUGAACUCGUUUACAACCAACAAGCGCUCUACUGCUACGGCAAAGUCUACAGUCUGGAUCCUUCCAAUCUGAAUGCUUUGUGGGACCGCGCGACCUUAGCCAAGGAGAUUGGCGAAUUGAAGACGGCUCGAAAUACCUUCCUCGCAAUUCUCAAGCGUCUCCCACACAACCUCACCGUCCUCGACGAGCUCCGCCCCAUUCUCAUCGAACUCUCCGAUCUGGCCCUUUGCGCUGUCCUCUUCUCUGAAGCCUUCAAUCACUACCACGCAGCCUUCCCGACGGGCAUGGGGCUCGACCCUGAUAGCGGGCAAGACGUGCCCGGCGGCGGAUUCGGGAUGAUGCAUAUCCUCGUCCUCGCAGACCUGCACAACUCGUUGGGUCAGUAUGACAAGGCGGUCGAGGCUAUACGGAAGGGGUGCCGGUGGCUUCAGGGCCGAGUGCAGCAGAAGUUUUGGGACGUGUGCGAGGAUGACAGGGAAUAUUACGUGGGCGCGGAGAGUGUGCGGGGUGGGGAGGGAGAGCUUCAACCGGGUGGGUAUCCACUGGAUGUGAAUGCGAGACAUCGAUUGGCGGUCGCGCGCAUCAAGAUGGGCGACAUCGAAGAAGGCAAGAAACACGCAGACAUCAUCCUAGCGCAGGAUGUCCUGGAGUAUGCACCGCUCUUCACGGAGAUCGCGGAUGCGUAUUUUGAGCGUGAGAUGUACGCGGAGGCGCGAUACAUCUACGAAAUCCUCGGAGGGGACGCUGGGACAAGCAGCAUGUAUGUUCUCCUGCAAGCUGCGGCAUGUCGCCGAAUGGUCGGAGAUAUCAGGGAGGCAGCGGAAGUCUACGAACAUGUUAUAGUCGCGGAUCCUACGCACAACGAAGCAAAGAUGAAACUCGCGGAGAUCUACGAGAUUCUCAACGAGCCGCGAAAGGCUCUAGAACUAGUCUUUCAAGUCAUGGACUCUCGCAGGAGACGCCCACGCCAAGGCACCGCAGAUGACGGCACAGAGGACGCGAACACAACUUCGCUCUUCGAAGAGAGGGCCCGUUUCAAAGGCAAAUCGGCCGCUGCGAAAGCGAACAAACUCAGCGCGGCACAGCUCCGAGAGUUGGAGGCGCAGAAAGAGCGCGAGGUCGACCAGAGUUUCCGCAGAGUCAAGGAGCUUUGGCCGCGCAUGCUGGCUGGCGAGGAGGAAGCGGAACGGGAGUGGUUGGUAGAGGCUGAGAAGCUGAUUGAGUCGUUCAGAGAGACAAGGAACUUGUUUCAGACGAGUCGACACCAAGGCUUCCGUGGAAUGUUCCCCAGGAGCUCUAGGAGGCAAACAGCCGAAGCGAGCGAGGAAAACAUGGCAUCUCGUCUACAGCUUGAGCUAGGUCGCGACACGAUUGCGCGGAAAUCCAAGGGCGAUGGCCUCAAUUCCGGCGGUGUCGAUGCGUUCCGCACAGUGUCUUUUGACGAGUGGCUGCGGCUGUUCCUCCACUACACUUUUCUGCUCACGAGGCGCGGCCAGUACAACUUGGCUCAAGAAGUUCUACGUCACAUCCUGUAUUCGAGCGCUUAUCAGAGUCGACUCGCUCAAGACUCCAUUCGAUUGGCGUUGAUCACUUGUGCCAUUCAUGUUGGGCAGUUCCCCACGGCCGUGGAACAGUCACGGAAGCUGAUCAAUGCCUAUCAGUUCAAUAACGAGCCUCUCAGGGUUCUCCUAGCAUCUCUCGGAAGUGGUUUGCGUGCCACUGACGCAUUCCUCGCAUCGACGCUGUCUAAACAUCUCCUGCGGGAGAUCAAGCUGGCUGACGCGGCAGUAAAGAAACCAGAUGCCGUUAGGUGGAACAGCACGCUGCGGCGAUACGGACUCGGCUCGGGCAAGAGUGGGGACGGAGACGAUGUCGAUGAGGAAGAAGACGUGCCGAGGGAAGGAUCCACGGUGCCAGCUGAGAAGGCCGGCUUACCCACCAAGGGAAACCCCGUUAAUGUCGCCGUGUACGGGCAAAUAUGCCUCGCCGCCAAGAGUUACCAGAGUGCCCUGUUUUAUCUUCUGCAUGCUUAUGAUUACUGCCCAGACGAUCCUCUCAUAUGCUUGUGCUUAGCCAUUGCAUCGUUUGGACGUGCAAUGCAACGACAAGCCGAUAAUAGGAACCAUCUCGUAACUCAGGGCAUGGCUUUUCUGUCCCGGUAUCGCACUAUUCGCGGAACUCACUCAGAAGACGUCGAUGAGGUAGAGUUCAACUUCGGCCGCGCCUUCCAACAGCUGGGGCUGCACUCUUUAGCCGUACGGCACUACGAACGCGUUUUAGCGUCGGUCGAACAGAAGUUCGCUGAAGAUUAUCAGGAUUGCGGUUUGGCGCGUGAAGCAGCGUAUAAUUUGUCUCUGAUUUACGUGACAACUGGCGCCACGUCUUUAGCGGAGAAAUUGUACCGGCGAUGGCUUUCACUCUGA